CUUCACCGCGUCCGAAGUCGCUGCAACAGCGUUUAUUGGCCUCCUCCUCUCAUCUCUCUCGAUCUCCACUUCCCAUGGCUUCCUCCUCCCUCUUCUCUCUCCUAUUCCUGGCCUUCGCGCCGCUCCUUUCCGUCGCUGGCCCCGUCGCCCGCGAGUUCGUCUACCCCAACUUCACCGCCUCUUACCUCCACUUCAUCGACAGCUCCGGCGUCUUCCUCUCCUCAUCCGCCUUCGCCGUCGCCUUCCACAACCCCGGCAAGCAGCCGUCCCGCUACUACCUCGCCGUCCUCCACGCCCCCUCCGGCGCCGUUGUCUGGACCGCCAACCCCGCCGCCCCUGUCCCCCCCUCCGCGAACCUCGCCCUCACCUCGGCCGGCCUCGCCCUCUCCCUCCCCGACGGCUCCCUCGCCUGGUCCACCCCGCCCCUCGCCGCCCCAGUCGCCGCCCUCCGUCUCCUUCCCUCCGGUGAACUCCGCCUCCUCGACUCCGCCAACGCCUCUCUCUGGUCCUCCUUCGACCACCCCACCGAUACCCUCCUCCCGGAUCAGCUCCUCCCCGCCUCUGCCUCCCUCUCCUCCGCUAUUUCCAACAGCGACCCCGCCCCCGGCGACUACCGCCUCCUCGUCACCCCCGCUGACUCCCUCCUCCAAUGGACCCCGACCUCGCUGGUUUACUGGUCCCUCUCCACCGACCUCCGCGCCACCAAAGAUUCCAACUUCAAGGUAAGCUACAUGGCCGUCAACGCCACGGGCCUUUACCUCCUCGCCGGCGAUCGUAAAACCGCCGUCUUCAGGAUGAUCUUCCCUCCGCCGACUUCGUCGUUCCCUGACGAGUUCCACAUCGCGAAGCUGGACCCCUCUGGCCGGUUCCGGAUCCUGAGCUUCUCGCCGAACGAGUCCCUGUCGGCGGUGGUCUUCGACACCGAUUUCGUGGUGCCAAGCAACGACUGCGACCUCCCUUCAGCGUGCGGCUCGCUGGGCCUCUGCGCUCCGGGCGCCAACAGCUCCAAAUGCAGCUGCCCGCCCCCGUUGGGGGCGUCGCCCGCCGGCGGUUGCUCCCCGGCGGACGGCUCCGUUUUGGCAAACGCCUCGUGCCGCGACAACGCUGAAGGCGAUGGUGGGACGUCGGCCACGUAUACGAGCCUGGGAAGCCGAAUCGGCUACUUCGGGACCAAGUUCUCGAUGCCGGUCGCUUCCGGAGCUAACAUUUCGGCGUGCCAACAUCUCUGUUCUGGGAACUGCUCCUGUCUUGGUUUCUUCUACAAGAACUCAUCGAAGUCUUGCUAUCUCCUCGAACGCCAGAUAGGCUCUCUCUUUAUCGUGGAUGACGGAGGCGACAACCUGGCUGCCGGCUACAUCAAGACUCUCAACCGCCCAUCACCACCUUCUCCUUCGAACAAAUUCUCCUCUUCGGUCCGUUUCGUCAUCAUCCUGCUACCAUCUACGGCUACAUUUCUACUGGUGAUCUGCAUUUCCUUCAUGUACUUCACAACGUGGAGGAGGAGCACACGCCGAACGGGAGGCAUGACGAGGAUCAAGUCGAUGACGAGCGGGUUGAGGUGGCCAAUGGCCCCAGAAUUUUCCGAGGAGGAGGACGACGAUGAGGAGGAGGAGAUCACGAUCACCGGCCUGCCCACAAGGUACACCUACGCCGAGCUCGAGACCGCCACCGACAACUUCCAGACGCGGAUCGGCUCCGGGGGGUUCGGCUCCGUGUACAAGGGACAGCUCCCGGACAAGUCCCUCGUCGCCGUGAAGAGGAUCGACGCCGUCAACGUGCAGGGGAAGAGAGAAUUCUGCACGGAGAUCGCCGUCAUCGGCAACAUCCACCACGUCAACCUCGUGCGGCUCCGUGGCUUCUGCGCCCAGGGGCCGAGGCGGCUGCUCGUCUACGAGUACAUGAACCGCGGCUCGCUCGACCGCGCGCUCUUUGGCCACGGCCCGGUGCUCGAGUGGCGGGAGAGGCUCAACAUCGCCAUCGGGGCGGCGCGGGGGCUCGCCUACCUCCACGCCGGCUGCGAGCACAGGAUCAUCCACUGCGACGUGAAGCCGGAGAACAUCCUACUCCACGAUCACAACCAAGUGAAGAUGGCGGACUUCGGACUGGCGAAGCUGAUGAGCCGGGAGCAGUCCGGGUUCUUCACCACGAUGAGGGGGACGAGAGGCUACCUUGCGCCGGAAUGGCUGACCAACUCCGCCAUCUCCGACAAGACGGACGUGUACAGCUUCGGAAUGGUACUGCUGGAGAUCGUGCGCGGGAGGAAGAACCGGACGGAGGAGAGCGGACCGGAGUGGACCGGGUCGACCGCCUCUUCCGGCUCGUCCAGGCCGGUGCCGUACUUUCCGAUGGUGGCGUUGGAGAUGCAUGAGAGGGGAACGUACGAUGAGUUGGCCGACCCGAGGCUACAAGGGAGGGCGACCGGGCCGGAGGUGGAGACGGUGGUGAAGGUAGCAUUAUGCUGCCUGCACGAAGAGCCGGCGUCCAGGCCGAGCAUGAUGGCCGUGGCGGCGAUGCUGGAGGGGACGACGCCGGUCUGCGAGCCGACGUUGAAGUCCCUCAACUAUCUGAGCUUGUACGGAGGAGGAUCCCGGGAUCCGACCGGGAGGAGAGGAUCCGCGACACCGUCGCCGCUGCUCUCGUACUUGUCGUCGCAGGAGGUGUCAGGACCGAGAUAGCAGACAAAAAGUGUUGAAGCACGAGACAUACUGUAAACAGAUAGAUAUUGUGGAAGGUGAAGAAGAAGAUUGUACAGCAUAAUAAUAAUGAGGAGUUGGAAACAUACACCAACAUGAUGUCAUAUUUAGGAAGAAGCACGAUUUAGACAAAAGUUCACUUCAGAUGCUUUUGAGAUG